AAGGCGAGUGCGAGUGCGAAGCGCGGGAGGGCUGCGUCGGACGAGGAGGAGGACGAGGAGCCCGAGGCGAAGAAAGCGAAGACGAGCGGCGCUGACGAUGGCAAGGGCGGCGGCGGCGCGUCGCAGAAGUCGGAUCCGCCUGCGAAGAUGGUGACGGUGCUGAAGCGCGGGGCUGCGCCGGUCGACCCGUGCUCGGGCUGGGUGGAUACGCACCAAGUCUUGGCGACCCCGGAGGGUGUCUGGGACGCGACACCGAACCAGACGGACAUCGGGAAGAACGCAAACAAAUUCUACGUCCUGCAGGUCCUGCACCCCGUCGGCAACGAAGCAAACUGCACGCUGUUCACGCGCUGGGGCCGCGUCGGCGAGAACGGGCAGCAGCAGAAGAAGCCUGGGAUGUCCGCAUCGGCUGCCGUGAGCGCGUUCAAGGCGCAGUUCAAGGCGAAGGCCGCGGUGAACUGGGAACAGAGGCAUGGGAUGGUCGCGAAAAAGGGAAAGUAUCAGUGGAUAGAACGUAUUUUCGAGGACGAAGGACAGGAAGAUAGGGUGGAAGGUAGCUCGAAAAAGGACGAGGAGCCGGAGAAGAUCCCCGACUCCACUCUCCCGCAAGAGAUUCAGGCACUAUGCAGACUGAUGUUCUCCGCGAAGCUCAUCGAUGCUACGCUGUCUUCGAUGAACUACGACGCGAACAAGCUGCCCCUUGGAAAACUGGCCAAGUCGACCAUUCUCAAUGGGUUUGCCGCUCUGAAGACCCUCUCAGAGGUCAUCUCGCAGCCGGAUAGUGACACGGCGAAGCAAUAUGGUGGCUUCCGCUCUGCAGUCCAAGAACUGACUGGCCGCUACUACUCCAUGAUCCCGCAUGUAUUUGGGCGCAACCGUCCGAUUACCAUCGACUCAUUGCCUCUGUUGAAGAAGGAACUGGAACUCGUCGAUGCGCUAGGAGACAUGGAAGUAGCCUCGAAGCUUAUUUCGUCCACGGUCCCCAAAGACGCGAGCGGCAAGCCCCUCAACCCACUGGACCACAACUUCCUGUCCCUCAAUCUCUCCAAGAUGGACCCGGUCUCGCGGAGCAGCAAGGAGUUCAGUGCGCUCGAGGCGUACACUCGCGAUACGCGCGGCGCGACACACCGCCAUUCCCAGGUGCACGUUCAGAAUGUGUUCCGCGUUGAGAGACAGGAUGAGACGGAGGCGUGGAUGAAGGCUGGGAACGAUAAGGUUGCGGACGGAGAGCGUCUCCUGCUCUGGCAUGGUUCCCGUUCGACUAAUUUUGCAGGUAUUCUCAGCCAAGGUCUGCGGAUUGCUCCUCCGGAAGCUCCCGUCACUGGUUACAUGUUUGGCAAGGGAGUUUACUUCGCCGACAUGAUGUCAAAGUCCGCCAAUUAUUGCCAUGCAUACCUGAGUGAUAACACGGGUAUCCUCCUCCUGUGCGAAGUUGCAGCGAAGCCUUUCUACGAACAGUUUGAUGCCAAUCACAACGUCGACCAGGACUGCAAGAAGGCUGGUGCGAGGUGCACUAAAGGUUGCGGGCGUACUCCUCCCGGGGAGUGGCAAGACGCAGGCGCCACUUUAGAGAACGAUGCACUCAAAGGCUGCGCUAUGCCGAAGGGACCUGGUAAAGACGUCCAGAACAUCCAGGGCUAUCUGCAGUACAACGAGUAUAUCGUGUACGAUACGUCGCAGGUUCGCUUGCGCUACCUCCUAAUGGUCAAGAUGAAUUAGUAGCAUGCUCCUCUCAUUCGCCAGCGGACAUUGACAGUGCGAGAUCUAACACGCGGUACAAUACAUUGUUUAUCUAAAUUGUGCCCAACGGGAUGUCAUGUUGCUCUU